AAAGGCUGGAGGAGGAGCAAUGGACAGGGCAGCGGCCAGGCAGCCGGAAGCGAGUCAAUCUCGACUGGCUUGGGGUGCAGGGGGAGGGCCAGUGCCCUGGCUCUGGGCUCCCCUCCCCGCAAGAUGGACUUGGCUGAAAAUCACUGAUUUCUGUGCUAACAAGUUCUGCCCUACGCUGUGUUCCUGCUGUCUAAUAAACCUUCUGUUUUACCAGCUGGCUGUCAGUCACGUCUGACUGCGGAGUUGGGGUGCAGGGCUCUCUGGCUUCCUCAGGAGCCCCGCCCGGGCAGACUUGCUGUGGGAAGUGCACUGUGUGGAAGGGGAUGCUGAAUACACCAAGGUCAGACCCAGGAAGGUCGAAGCUGUGUGAUCUUCUUGCCCUGGAGACAGUCUGCUCAGAGAGAGGAGGCUCCCCCAGAGUCCUGACUGGCUUCAUAUGGAGUAGUUCCAGAGCAUCGCCCCAGUGACUCCAUAACAGGGUGGCCCACCGUUUUCCCAACCAGGCUCUCGCAGGCAGCCACGGAAGCUACAUGAAGCAGCAACCUGGAGCGGCCAGCUUCAGCCGUGUGAGAAGCGGCUCCUUCCCGCUCCCCCCCCGGGCCCAACUGCCAGAGACAGGGACCAAACGUGCUGGGAGUCAGGCACAGUGGGAGAAGGACACAGCCCCUCCCCUUGCAGCUUGGCCAUGGGACCCCCCGAUGAGCUGCUGCGGGGCCAGGCGGGCCCGGAGGCCUGGCGCAAUGAGGCCAAGGCCACAAUGCGGGCGGCGCAGCAGCUGCGGGGGCGCUGCUGGCGGGAGGCGGUGGCGCAGUGGCGCCCACCGCAGCCCCCAGGCCAGCCCCAGGAGACGCCCUACGAGCGCCGCACUCGGCUGCAGGGCUGGCGCUUUAAGCUGGACGUGACGGCGGCUGGUGAGACGCUGGAGAAGCCACCCGAGGGGCCAGGCAUCACACUGUGGAAGAGCAAGAUGAAGCCCCCACCCUGGGUGAGCCAACUGCCCCUGCCCUGCUUCCGGGACCACUGCGCCAGCCAGAGCAAUGGGCUGGCCGCCCACUAUGCCAGCGCUGUGCGCCUGGUGGUCAGCCGACUGCGCCAGGCACUCACUGAGCUCAACGAGCAGGCCAAGUGCCUCAACCUGUCACGCCAACACCUCGAUGCCGCCCUGGCCAAGGUGCGCACUGCACUGCUCACCAACCGGCAAAGUGCUCUGGUGCGCGGGCACCGGCCCCCGGCCGAGCAGGCCCCAGACCAGGUGGACGCACUGCUGCGGUGGGAACGCAAGGAGCUGCAGAGGCUGAAGGUGGAGCUGGAAGGGCACAUGGACAUGUCGGAGGCGCACCUCAAGGCACUGAGUGGGUGCCGGCACACCCUGGGGGCACUGUGCCAGGAGCGGGGGCAGGUGCUGGAGCUGCUGGGGCAGCCGCUGCGCAUGGUGCUGCUGGAGGCCGAGCGUGACUCCUGGCUUAGCUUAAGCCGGCCCUCGUCCCCCUUCGUAGUGAGGAACCCCACCCCGGAGGCCAGCCCUGUUGGGCCCUACACGCCAGAGUGCGCGGUGGCCAUUGAGGAGGCGCGGUGCCUGACCCUGCGCUCCAAGGAGGUGCUGGCCACGCUCAGGGCAGCCACGGCCCAGGCCACGGCCACGCGCCACCAGGCCCAGGCUGCCCUCGAUGGCAGUCUGCAGCGCAAGAUGGACGAGACCCUGGCGCUCAAGGAGCGUCUCUACAUGGCACUGGGGGGCAUGCGCAGCACCCUGAACCGUUGCCAGCGCUUCCACGGGGAGCUGGGCAUCACCCAGGGCAUGACCAUGGGCCCUGAGUCCAGCCAGUACCUGGAGGCGCGGGAGAAGCUGACCCGGCCCCUGGUGCGGGUGUACCAGCACCAUGUGGGCACCCAACUGCCUGAGGCCCAGAUCCUCACCCAGGGCAGCGUGCUGCUGGAGCGUUCCCUGCAGAAGGCGGCGGCCAAUGUGCAGCAGAUGCAGGCCACCCAGCGGCACCUGCGUGCCUCCAUCCGCGACAAGCAGACGGGCUUCCACGUAGAUGCCAGCGUGCAGCGCCUGCGCCGCCGCCGCAUGCACCCCCGCAGCAGCCUGGGGGAGGCCUGCCAGCUGCUCUGCUCCUAGGGGGCCCCCACAGCCAGAGCACGAGAAUAAAAUCCCCAGAGACUUUUGACCUGCCCAAGAGUGUUACCCCACGCGGGGGGGAUGCAGGGCCUGGAGCGGGGCAGGCUGGGGAGGCCAGGUGAGAAUGGGAACGGGAGAAUGGGAAUGGGAGGAUCAGGGGUAUGAGGGAGGCCAGGUGGGGUGGGGGUGGGGAGGUGUCACAGAGCCACAGGAUCAGUGCUAACCCCCAGCUUUUAAACAGUCCCUUGGAGGAUCCACUUCUUCAGUGAGCCAGACCCCCCAGGGGCCCCACUCUUCUGCAAGGGGAGGCCACACGGCCUUACCACCUCCUGGAGUGAGACCCUGGGCUCCAGUACUGGGGUUUACAAUGGUGCCAGUGGCUCCAUGGAGCUGGCCCCAUGGUCAGAAGGGGCCCCGGCCUGCUCUGCUUGCACUGUGCCCCAAGACCCCACCAGCCCGCUGGCUCUCCCCACUCAUCACUUGCUCCUCUCCACCCCCUGGCCCCACCUGCCAGCUCCUCUCUGCCCCCUGGUUGGACCCAAGUGCACCUCUGGCUCUGGGCAGUCUCUGCUUCCCAUCCCCACCUGAGCCUGGCCAGUCUCAUCCAGUUGCGGGGGGGACAGUAAAGGGGGCUUGGCUGGGCCCCUCCAGGCAAGUGGAUCCUGAGGGAGCCCAGCUGGGGCAGGCCCUGGCCUGGCUGAUCAAGCCACUCCGGAGGAGCCAGAGUGAUUCCCGGCCCUGGGACCAGCCCUGGCUGCGCUGAUGGCUCAGCCCGGCAGACACAGUCGCCUCCCAGCAGGGCUAGUGAGUGCGGC